AUGGCGGGGCCGCGCGCAGCGACGAGCGGGCUGGCUCUGCUAGUACCGCUCCUCCUCUGUUUAUCUCUGGCGAACAUGGCCUCUUGCUUCAUGCUCGCGCCUGUGCAGACGCCUCGAGCCCUGAACUUGCGCAAGACUGCGGCAGUCACUUGCCCUGCUCCUCGGAGUUUGUGCUCAGCGAAGGGUAGGAGUGGACUUCAAAGCGUGCAAGGCUCGCUGACUGCGCCACCACGACUAUGGGAUGCAGCGAAGGAAGGAAACUAUGAUGUGUUCAAUGCCGUGCUGCCUGGUCUGAAUGUGAUUUCUGCCGCUCCUGAGGCUAAAGAGAUCAACAUCAUGGAAAGGGUGGGGGCGAACAAGGCGCUGCUUGCAGCUCAGUUGAACAAGAAGUUGGACAUCAUGAAGGAGAAUGGUGUAGAACUUGUUGUCGUCACUGUCGCAAGCCCCACAAAGCUGCAGGAGUUCAUCGCAGCAGCGGAGUCGCUUCCCGCGGAGUACUUGUACUGCGACCCGUCUCUCUCCUCCUACCAGUUCUCCCCCGUCGGGCUUGUCUCGGGCAAGGCCUUCUCCACGGAGGAUUUGGACGGCGUCAUGCAACUGGGAGGCGCUUUUGCUUUGCAGAACAACAAGGUUGUCUUUGCGCAUCGCGAUCUGGGCGUGGCCGAUCACUUCGACAUCGACGAGUCCCUUCGAUCUCUCGGAGUCAUGGCAGCCUAA